AUGGCUACCCCCAGUGUUCUUACCUUUGAUACUAAGGGUCGUGCUGUUGACUUUGAGGUCUGGGUCGAUGACCUCCAGCUGUUCCUCCAAUGCGAUAGGGCAGACGGCCUCUCCCUGUUCGACCUCACCUCUAGGGACCACUUCCUCUCAGUUUGCCCCACCACACUCACCAUUGACCUCCUCGAGGAGCGCCUCCUAGCAGUAGAGAAGAGCAUAGUUGCUGUAGGAGCCUCUCGUGGUAGCCCUCGCACCCUCGUCUUUGAAGGGUGUUCCCCAUCCCCCCUCUUGCCCUCUGUUGCUUCUACUGCUGCCGCCGACCUCGUUGGUUUCUACGGGGUCGGCGCUGCGUCUGCCCCUAGGGAGAGACGCUGCACCGGCAAGGGCAAGGGGGGCAAGGGAGCUGGACGGGCUAGCGGGGGCGGUGGAGGUGGUGGUGGAGGCAGUGGAGGGGGCGGGGGUGGUGGUGGGAGUGGUGGCGGGGGUGGCGGCGGUGGUGGUAGCAGUGGAGGCGGAGGAGGCGGCAGUGGUGGCGGAGGGAGCGGAGGCGGCGGAGGUGGCGGAGGCGGCGGAGGUGGCGGAGGCGGCGGAGGCGUCGGCGGCGGCGGUGGAGCUGGUCGCGACUCUGCGCAGACGAGUGGGUCCGGUGGUGGUCCGCGCCAGCAGCAGCUGCGCAGUCGUGAGACCCUGUCCCCUCAGCAGCUUCGUGAGUGGGCGGGGGUUGCCAUCUUUGAUCUUGAAUAUGAUGCUAUCCUUGCUGCCAUGUAUGCUGUGUCUGCUAGUGUUGAGGGUGACUGUUACCUGUGUGUACCGCCUGACCCAGGCAUUGAGGCUACUGCUCUAGGUGCUGGUGAGGCUGCUGCUCUAGGUGCUAGUGCAUCUGCUGCCCCAAGUGCUAGUGCGUCUGCUGCCCCAGGUGCUGGUGAGUCUGCUCUCUCAGGUACUACGUUGGCUCAGGCGUCACACACCUUCACCCUUGACUCGGGUGCUUCCCGCUCCUUUCGAGACCGCACCACGCUUGCGCCGCUUAGUCGGCCGAUUGCAGUCUCCCUGGCGGACCCCUCUAGGGGUCCUGUCCUUGCUAGCUUCUCCACUGUCUUACCAUGCCCGGCAGCCCCCUCUGGCACCCUGUCACGUCUCUACCUACCCUCGUUCUCUACAAACUUGGUGAGUGGAGCGGACCUACAGGAUAGGGGGGUUGACCAGUUCACUCCUGCGAGGGCGACAGCGCGCCGCCCCUCACUCCUCUGA